AUCUUACCAUGAAUAGUUAAGUAAACGUUGAGUUUUACAAUAAAGUUUACAUUUAAAUUUACUUUUCAUAUAUAUUUUAAUAUUUUGCUUUUAUUGGAAAGAUGCUUGUUUCGUCAUUUCUGGAUACAAUACUAUUAAUCAGCUCUUUUAGCUGCGUCCAUUCUUUGGUGUGCUAUUCAUGCAGUGAUUUAAAAAGCAACGAGGAGUGUUUCAACACCACUAUUUGUCCGGAUGGAGAGGCCUGCUUUGGUCGAGCGGAUGGAUUCUUGACAUCGGAAGUGAAACACACAACUGGAUGCACCAAGGAGCUUAAGCCACAACAAAGACAUGAUACACUGGGGUUUUCUUUCUGUGCACAAGCAUGUCAUGAUGAUCUAUGCAACUUGCACAGCUGCCAACUCGCAGACAAUUCAACAAAGCCUCCAAGAUGUCUGUCCUGUGAUUCGGUAGAUUCUCCAAGUCAGUGCAAGAACGUCAUUCAAUGUAAACCUAAUGAGGUUUGUUUCUCGGAAAAGGUGUUUACAUUUCAUAGAGUUGUAUACAGAUUUGGUUGUGUCAGUGGAAAGGACUGCAACACCCAACCUGUGAAUAUGGCUCCUGUUAUUGGAAAGCGGAGUGAUGAAAAAUCUUGUUCAGUGUGUUGCAAAACGGACCAUUGUAACCUGAAAGCUUGCAGCAAUAACCCAGCAGGGCAUAUUUUUCCACUCGGACCGAUUUGUGUAUCGACUACGACACUGCAUUGUGUUCAACAUUCGGCCGUCUUAACCCAGACGCAUGCAAAGAACAAAUAG